AUGUCCCUUGUUGAGUUCACAAGUGUGAUUGUAUUGUCUGUCGUAUGGAUUUCAAGUUUACUUCCUUCGAACGUUCAAUGGAGUAACAUGGAAAGGGAUAAAGAAUUUCGUGAGAUUAUUCACUCUGUGUCAGAGAUUAUUGUGGAUUUGACACAUGUUCAUGAUAUCAUGAGAGGACAAUUAUUAAAACUUUUAGACUUUUCGAAUGCAAGUCAAAUUGAGCAAGUGACUUAUCAAACUUAUGUGACAGAGGAUUUUCAUCAUAAAGGACUCGUGCAAACGGUGUAUAUUGGAGAUGAUCAAAAUAAUGGACUUGGAAUUUACAAUGAUCCUACUGGGGUUGACAAUCCAACAAUUAAAGUUGCAAUCCCUCUUGGAGAUCCAGACAACAAUGUGGAUAGAAAAACAAUUUUAACUCUCAAUGACUCUAGAACUCUUGACGUGGCAAGUUUUGUCUUUGCACAUGCACAUGAAAAUAUCAGCAACUUUGAGUGCAACCAGAUUCAAACAUUUGAAAACAGUUUUGAUUAUAUUUCAGUUUAUAGAAUGUGUACGGAAACCAACCUUGAUUGGAUAUUUGUAAUGGCCAUUCCUAAAUGGAAUUAUUUAGGAUCCAUUGUCAUUGGUGUGGUGGCUUCAAUCGGCGGAGCCUUAAUGAUAAUAUUUCUCUCCAUCUUAUUAUCAAUUGCCAUAUCCAUGAAAAUUGUGAAACCAUUUUACAAUUUGAUCGACCAAUUCACAGCAAUCUCGAGAAUGGACUCGAAGGAAUUGACGUUAAACCCAGCAUAA